CAGAGAGGAGUAACAUUAAAACACCGCGAAACAUAAAAUCAUCCUGCACCUCCUGCACCGAGGGAUUGUGGGUACUGAGUUUUGGAGUCACGUUGUGGAUCCAGCAUGGCAGCCAAACAGAAGAGGAAGCUAGAGGACCUCAGUGUGGAUGAGUUCCUGUUGUCAGGGUUUGACUCGGGAGGUGAAAAUGAAUCUGAGGACGAGGCUCCCAGACAAAAUGGGCUGAAGAAGAAGGAGGAGGCAGGCAAAUCUGCAGCCCCAAAGAUGGGUGACAAGAAGAAGGGCAAGGCGUCCCAGCAUAAGGACCAGCUGUCCAGGUUGAAGAGCAAAGACCCCGAGUUCUACAAGUUCCUGCAGGAGAACGACCAAACGCUCCUCAACUUCGACGACACAGACAGCUCGGAGGACGAAGAGGAGCGGAAGUACCACACACUGCCAACACAGCUGGAGGAGGCCAUCUCUGGUGACGAAGAUGAGGAUGACGAGGAGACGGAUAAAAAGGGUUCUAAGAAAUCCAAGAAAACAGCGGAGACCAUUAAAGUCACAGACAAAAUGAUUGAGGAGUGGAGAGCUGCGAUCAGGGAGAACCCGACGCCUCGUCUCUUUCGAGAGGUCACCCAGGCCUUCAAGGCUGCUGUGGCCACCACAAAGGGUGAAGGAGGGGGGCAGUGUCGAUACAAAGUGGCUGACAGCUCAGUUUUCAACGCUUUGGUCCUGUUUUGCAUCAGGGACAUACACAUGGCCUUGCAGAAGAUGCUCGGUCUGAAGCCGGAUAAAGACAAGAAUAAGCUCGUGCUCCCAUCAUCCAGUCCCAGAUGGCAGAAGAACCAGAUAGACGUCAAGAUGUAUCUCAGUGGAUUAGUGCAGCUGUUGUCCUCUCUAACAGAGGGCACCGUCAUCAGUGCUGUCCUGCGGCAUGCCAACCAGCUCGUGCCUUAUUACCUGUGUCUGCCCAAACAGUGUCGGCUCCUUCUGAAGCAACUGAUGAAGCAGUGGAGCACAGGGGAGGAGACGAACCGAGUCCUCGCCUUCCUCGCCCUCAACAAAAUCUGCAGACACAAGCAGGACAUGUACCUUAACCCGAUUCUCAAGCAAAUGUACAUCUCCUACGUUCAGAACUGCAAGUUCACAUCUCCCAACGUGCUGCCCAUGAUCAACUUCAUGCAGCGAACUCUGACAGAGAUGUAUUCGCUGGACACUCAGGUCUCAUACCAGCACGCGUUUAUCUACAUCCGACAGCUAGCCAUCCACCUCCGGAACGCCAUGACCAUGAAGAAAAAGGAGACGUACCAGUCUGUGUACAACUGGCAGUACGUCCACUGCCUGUACCUGUGGUGUCGCGUCCUCAGCACCCUGUACCCCAGUGACGUUCUGCAGCCUCUCAUCUAUCCACUCUGCCAGGUUAUAUUAGGCACCAUCAAGCUGGUGCCCACAUCCAGAUACUAUCCUCUGAGGAUGCACUGUUGCAGAGCGCUCACCCUCCUGUCGAGCAGCACCAACACAUUUGUACCCAUACUGCCUUUCCUGUUGGAGAUCCUCCAACAAGUGGACUUCAACAAGAAGCCAGGGCGCAUGAGCAAGAAACCCAUCAACUUUGCAGUCAUCCUGAAGCUGACCAAGGUUAACCUCAUGGAGAAAGCCUACAAGGACGGGCUGAUUGACCAGCUGUAUGACUUGAUGCUGGAGUAUUUCCACACUCAGGCCAGCUCUAUCGGUUUCCCAGAGCUUGCCCUGCCUACCAUCAUUCAGCUGAAAGCGUUCCUGAAGGAAUGCAAAGUGGCCAAUUACUGCAAGCCGAUGCGCCAGCUGCUGGAGAAGGUACAGGAGAACAGCAGCCACAUCACAGGCCGGAGACAGAGGGCCGCCUUCGGAGUGGCCGACGCCACCGCUGUGGCGGCUUGGGAGAAGCAGGUCCAGGAGGAAGGCACUCCUCUCACCAGGUACUACAUCCAGUGGAAGAAGCUGAGGGAGAAGGAGAUCCAGCUGGAGAUCUCUGGCAAAGAGAGGAUGGAGGACCUGGAUCUCCCUGAGAUCAAGCGCAAGAAGGUUCAGGAGCAGAAGGCAGAGGACAAGAAGGAGUUCAAGGAUCUGUUUGAGUCUGACAGCGGCUCAGAGGACGAAGGUGCUGGACUCAAAGUCAAAGGUAAAAAAGGCAUCCAGGGGUCAGAUGAUGAGGAUGAUGAUGAUCUUGAAGAUUUGUCCAACAUGAGCGACGAUGAGGGGAUGGAAGGUGCAGAUUCAGACGAAGAUGAAGAUGAAGAUGAGGAAGGCGAGCCCUCUCAGGCUCCUAAGCAGCUGUCCACCUCUGCUCUGAAAGAGCUGGCAGACGGAGACGAGGAUUUGGUUGAGGACCUGGAGCUAUCUGAUGAUGAUGAUGAUGAUGACUGAGGUUCAGGCAUGCACACACUCGCCUGGGAGAGCUGUCGGAUUUCUGCUCUCCAUCUCACCGAGCAUCUACUCCUCAAUAUUGUCGGACUCUUUUCUAUUCUCUCGGCUUUUAUUCGAAUUUUGUAUUGUUUCACCUGAUAUUGUACAGUACAAAUAUGUUCAUGAUGUAAUUUUAUUAUUAUUAUAUACACUGCGAAAAAUGUCCAUCUUCACAAAUAAUGUAGUUUCAUAUUCAGUGUUGAAAGUCUUGUUUUUCUUAAAAUAAGUAAAAAAAAAAAAAAAAAAAUCUGACGGGGGGAUGAGAUAAUCCCACUUUCCAGUCCAGUUCCACUUUUUCCAGGAAAUGUGUGAAGUAUAAAUAUGUUGCAGCAAAGCAGAAUAAGGCAGAUCAGCCCACCAUUAUCAAGAAAAUAAGACUUGAUCCCAGAAAAUUCUGGAAACAAGUUGAUUAGCAUUGGAAACAAGUGAUUAUAUCAUCACAUUGGCAGCUUUUUUUUUUUUUUUUUUUUUUUAGCUUGUUUGAAGAAAAGCUACAUUUUAACACUGAAUAUCAGACUACAUGACUUGUUAAGAUGGAGAUUUUCCACAGUGUGCUAGCAGUGUAAUGGUAAAAAAA